GUAAGAUAUUCAAAUUUUAACCGGAAUCUUAAACCUCAUCAUGAUAAUCAAAUUACCAAAAUUCGUAUUAUGUUUGUAAGCUCAUUCUUUAUUAAUCGGAUUAUUAAAAAGUCAAUAAAAUUCACCAAUUUAUAGACUCCGGCCAUCCACAAGUUCAAAAUCGGCCGAAAAAAGGCGUGAUCAACACUAACACUUGGGGGUAGUCCACUUCUUACAAAGUUACAAUCGAUCGAUUUUACAAAUCAAAUUUGCUAUCACCAAGAAGUAGUUUGCUUCAAUUUAGUUAAAACCCUUUCACUGUAUGUUUCCCCUUUAUUCGAAUCAACCUAACACUCAGCCAUGGCGUCUUCUGCUUGCGUUAGAUCGUAGUAGAUGAGAUCGAAGGUGUUUUUAUGAUGGAUUUCACAGAAAAGGAAGUAUGUGUGCUAUGUGAGAGAGGCGGGAAGCUUUUGGUCUGCAACGACAAUGGCUGCCCUAUAUCUGUUCAUGAAGAUUGCAUGGGUUGCAGCCCUCGAUUCAAUGAAACUGGCAACUUCUGUUGUCCUUACUGUGUUUACAGACGACUGACUACAGAAACAUGUCAAUUGAGAGAUAAAGCCAUGUUAGCAAAGAAAGCUUUGUCAUCUUUCUUAGGAAUGGAGAAUUUUCUGGUGUUUGUGAUGGGGAUGAAUGCUAAAGGGGUUCCAGUUAAGGAUGAAGCAGGGAGUUCUGAGAAGAAAACUACUGCAUUCAAUGGAAAACAACAAUUGUUGAAAGGAAAGCGUAAAAGAUGGAGUGAAGAAGAAGAAGAUAUGCUUAAGGAAGGAGUUCAAAAGUUCUCAGCAACAGCCAACAAAAACCUCCCUUGGAAGAAAGUUUUGGAAUUUGGUCGUCAUGUUUUUCAUACAUCAAGGACACCUUCUGACUUGAAGGAUAAAUGGAGGAAUAUGUCUAAAUAGAGAUCAAUAAAUUCACACUUUUGUUUUUGUUUUUUUCUUUUCAAAAACAAUUUAUGAACCAAAUGCCCAUCUUAAUGCCUCUUUAGGUUACAACCUGUGGAAUCCACGGGUAACAAAAUUAAAAAAAAUAUUAAAAAUUAAAAAACAUAAUCAUUAAUCAUAGGUUUGGAAACAAAAGAUUUAUUUACAAAGUUAGAUGUUUUGACAAUAAUUU